CGGCCCGCCGUUUAUAUGAUGAGAAUAGGAGGGCCUGGACUAUCAGCCAGAAAAGCGUUUUCAAAACCGUUUUUACAGCCCACAAGGCUCGGACCAGGCCCAUGCGGGCGGCCCGGUCCCGUGCGGGCGCUGCGGAAGAGGCCGGAAAAGCCACCCGCCGGCACUCGCGCCACCCCCGCGCCCGCCGGGAGAUACCACACGGCGCACCCCUCCGGCAGCCCGGAAAGGUAUCGUCCCCGGCCUCUGAUUGGUCAGCGGGGGCCGGAGGCGGGGCUUCCGGAGCCUGGUUCCGCGCGCCAGAGCCCGCUCGCCGCAUUGCGAGCCGGGCCAGGAGCGGGCGCCAUGGUGCUGCUGCACGUGCUGUUCGAGCACGCGGUCGGCUACACGCUGCUGGCGCUGAAGGAGGUGGAGGAGAUCAGCCUGCUGCAGCCGCAGGUGGAGGAGUGCGUGCUCAAUCUGGGCAAGUUCCACAACAUCGUUCGUCUCGUGGCCUUUAGUCCCUUUGCCUCAUCCCAGGUUGCCUUGGAAAAUGUCAAUGCUGUGUCUGAAGGUAUUGUUCAUGAGGACCUCCGCCUGUUCUUGGAAACUUACCUGCCAACCAAAAAGAAGAAAGUACUCCUGGGAGUUGGGGACCCCAAGAUUGGUGCUGCUAUACAAGAGGAGUUAGGGUACAGCUGCCAGACUGGAGGUGUGAUAGCUGAGAUUCUUCGAGGAGUUCGUCUGCACUUCCACAACCUGGUGAAGGGCCUGACUGAUGUGUCUGCUUGUAAAGCCCAGCUGGGGUUGGGACACAGCUAUUCUCGGGCCAAAGUUAAGUUUAAUGUGAACCGGGUGGACAAUAUGAUUAUACAGUCCAUUAGCCUCCUGGACCAGCUGGAUAAGGACAUCAAUACCUUCUCCAUGCGUGUCAGGGAGUGGUAUGGGUAUCACUUUCCUGAGCUGGUGAAGAUAAUCAAUGACAAUGCUACAUACUGUCGCGUCGCUCAGUUCAUUGGGAACCGAAAGGAGCUGAAUGAAGAAAAGUUGGAGGAGCUGGAGGAACUAACAAUGGAUGGGGCCAAGGCUAAGGCUAUUCUGGAUGCCUCACGGUCCUCUAUGGGCAUGGACAUAUCAGCCAUUGACUUGAUAAACAUUGAAAGCUUCUCCAGUCGUGUGGUGUCUUUGUCAGAGUACCGCCAGAGUCUGCACACCUACCUGCGAUCCAAGAUGAGCCAAGUGGCCCCCAGCCUGUCAGCCCUAAUUGGGGAAGCAGUAGGCGCACGUCUCAUUGCUCAUGCUGGCAGCCUCACCAACCUGGCCAAGUAUCCAGCAUCCACAGUGCAGAUCCUUGGGGCUGAGAAGGCCCUGUUCAGAGCCCUGAAGACAAGGGGUAACACCCCAAAAUAUGGACUCAUUUUCCACUCCACCUUCAUUGGCCGAGCAGCUGCCAAGAACAAAGGCCGCAUCUCCCGAUACCUGGCAAACAAAUGCAGUAUUGCCUCGCGAAUUGAUUGCUUCUCUGAGGUGCCCACAAAUGUAUUUGGGGAGAAGCUUCGAGAACAAGUGGAAGAGCGGCUAUCCUUCUAUGAGACUGGCGUGAUUCCACGGAAGAAUCUGGAGGUCAUGAAGGAGGCAAUGGUACAGGCAGAGGAAGCGGCUGCUGAGAUUACUAGGAAGCUGGAGAAACAGGAGAAGAAACGCUUGAAGAAGGAAAAGAAACGGCUGGCUGCAAUCGCCCUUGCAUCUCCAGAAAACAGCAGCAGUACACAAGAGGAGUGUGAGGAACUAAAUGAAAAACCUAAAAAGAAGAAAAAGCAAAAGUUCCAGGAGAAUGGAACAGAAGACCCACCUGUUUCUUCACCCAAACCCAGGAAAAGGAAACCUUUGCCCACGGAGGAGUUAGUUAAUAAUGAACGUGAGGCAGCUACCAAUGGAAAUCUUCCCAAGAGGAAGAAAUCUCUAACCCAACCAGAACCCGUUAGUGAACCCGAAGAGGCAGCAAACAGGAGUGUUCUCAAGAAAAAGAGGAAACUCUCUUUGAAGGAGGAGCCUCUCAGCAGUGGACCUGAAGAGGCUGUUAGCAACAAGAGCUCAAAGAAAAAGAAAAAGCUGAAGCUGGCCCAGGAGGGUUAGAACGGACAGUACCCUGGUGGGGCAUAACCACAGUUCCCCACCCCCUACGUCCCAAUAAAAGAAAAAUCACAGAGUUCAUUUGUCACGUUUUAUUUGACACCUUUACUUGGGUGUGGUUGGGACAGGGCAUCAAUGACAGCCUCAGUGAAGUCUCGGCAGGUGGCAUAGCCACCCAUGUCAGGAGUUCGAACCUGUGGGGGAGAAUUGUCAUCACCCCUGUGACCUGGGCCCAUCCCUACCCUCCCCCCAUCAGUUUCCCUCAGGAAGCCAGCCCCAGGAUAAAACCUAGGCUCUGCCCAGGUGAUUAUGGUCUAGAGGUUUAAGAGCUCUUCUCUGGUCCACUGUACUGAAGGGAGAUGUAGGUAGUAUGGUCCUCGUGAGGUUGAAGGGAAUAAGGGGGCUCUAGCCCCCAUAGGGGUGCAGGUGGCCGAUGACGGACUGGAUGAAGUCGGUUGUGGUGCUGUAGCCGCCCAUGUCUCGUGUCCGCACCUACAGCCACCACCGGCAAUAGCCGUGGGAAAGAAAAGAGAGCCCAUGAAGCGGGGUAGGGCACUGUGAUGGAAAUGGGAAUCCAAGAUGGGAUAACAGCCAGAAGACAAUGCAGCAGAUGCAAGAAAGUUGCUAGGUUUGCAAGAACAUGGACUUGUCCACUCAGGUCUUCUGAGGGCCAGAGUCACUAUUAAAGCGAUACUGCAGCCUGGACAGAAUGGAUGGGAGGCUGAGCAGGAGAGAAGAUAGGAAAUGUAGACUGGAGACAGGAUGAGAUGCCCUGGAGACAAGUAGAAGGAAGAAAAUGACGGAUGGGCUUCCAGGGUGGAGGUGACUGACACCCGUGCCUCAUCCUGCCUGCUACCUCCCUCUGCUCCAUCCCCAUCUGCUCCCCCUAGAUAAGAGAGCUACAAAUUCAGCAUUAAGAUGCCCAGUACACCUGGCCAGAGUGGCUCAGUUGAUUGAGCACUGUCCUGUGUACCAAAAGGUUGCCAGUUUGAUUCCCAAUCAGGGCACAUACCUGGGUUGCAGAUUUGAUCCCCGGCUGGGGCAAGUAAGAAGGGUAAUAGAUCUUUCAGCAUGUCCUCGGGUGAGGAUUAAAAAAUAAUAAAAGUUGUCCAUAAAAGAGCCAAUGGAUGGAGCAGGAAAGGGAAUAGCAGAUGGGAACUGAAAGGCAAAAGAGAUCUAGAGCAAUGGUCGCCAACCUUUCAGAUCUCAUGGACCACCAGUGGUCCACAGACACCGGUUGUUGACCAUUGAUCUAGAGGAUGAAACAGCCAAGAGAGGAGAAGUGAAGAGCAGCCCUGAGAGGGAAGGGCAAGAUCAGAGAGCAGAUGUUCUGGGGACCUAUAGGGAAAGGAGACCCCAAUUCAGGUUACCCAGAGAGUAGUUCUGAGGCCUUGAACCCCACAGCCUUUCUAAACUCACCUUGCCAACUUUGAUCACCUUCUUCACUGCAUCUGCAAUCAUGUUGGAGUGAUAUUCUAGACUGUCAAUGUAGAGAGGAACAAUUUGAGAUUUCCCCCCUCAUCAGGCCCCAAUUUCACCACCUGUGCUCCCUCUCACCACCUGGCCGCCUCCUCCAGCCCACCACAACCUACUUGAGAUGUCGCAGCAUGUUGGAAGCUGACAGAAGCAUGGCUGUGGGAUUGGCUAUAUUUCUGCCCACUGCCUGGGCAAAUGGAUGCCGGGCACCCUGUGAAAAGAAGGGCAGGCCAGAGUCACUGGGAGCAGACAUUCUGCAGAAACUAAGAUCAAGGAGAAGAGGUUAGGCCAGGUACACUGAGAGGAGGCAUGGGAUGAAACGAUCAGGAGGAACCUGAGGUCAGAGAAGGGCACACAGAACUAGAGGAGGUGACUUCACUCACCAUCUCAAAGACUGCAUACUCUGCACUGUAGCUCUCACCAGGUACCACACCAGCUCCCCCAACCAAACCAGCAGCCAGAUUGUCAAUAAUGUUCCCAUAGAGAUUGGGCAUCACCAGCACAUCAAACUGGUAAGGAUUCUGCACCAGCUGGAAGGGAGAAAUGUGGGCAUGGAGAAGAGAAGCAAAUUCCAUUGCCUGCCUCCCUCUGCACCGAGAGUGUGUACACACAAGGAGAGCCUUACCUGCAUGCAACAGUUGUCUAUGAUCAUUGUCUCAAACUUGAUUUUGGGGUACAGUUCAGCAAUUUCCUCACAGCACUGCAGAAACAACCCAUCCCCAAGUUUCCUAGGGGCAAAGGGAACAGAUUUAGCCAAGAGAGUGCAGGGGUCUACCUUCCCAGGAACCUACCCCACGCAAAGCCAUGUCCCUCACAUGAUGUUCGCCUUGUGAACAGCCGUGACCUUAUUCCGCCCCUUCUUAGUGGCAUAGUCAAAGGCGAAUUUUGCAAUCCGUUGAGAUUUGGUUCGAGUGAUAAUCUUCAAGCACUCAAUCACACCCUUU